GAUGAAGAAUCUUAGAGAUGGUGGCGUAGAUGGGAUACUAGCUUCGUUUCUGCCCCUCUCAAAUAACCUGGAAAGGAGGUGAACCAGACAGUUGGGACCGUUACGCUGGUGGAUUUCUGUACGAAAGAGAGGUAACAGGGUAACGAGGUACUGGAUUCAUCUGUCACCCGAUGUCCUUAGAAUGGUGCUUGUUGGAAAUGGGGUGUGUUGGGGGGCCAUUUAUCUGUUUGCUUCGAUGUUUGCUUCACGUUGCUGCGCUCAGCCAUCUAAAGGAAGCGCUGAUUGCUGUUGAUUGCUGUCUUCAUGUGACGACUCCACACCCUAGACCGUUCUCUCUUGGAGAAUUGCGUAUCGUUACUGUCUACACAGAAACGCACCGUUGGGUAGAAGGUCGGGUUCUUCACAUUGUGGUGCAUAUUCUCGAAGUUUGCCAGUCACACCUGAGGGGUGCAGUCGGUGUUGUUUGUCAGACGCCCUAAGGCGGUAGACGUUCGGACUCGGAUCUGCCGCGUCCCUUUC